GCUCGGUGGGCGGGGUCUUGUUGGUUUCCAUAGUGGAAGUUGCCCAACAACGGAGCUGCAGUUAAUUUGUAAUACAAUAAAAGAAACUUUUCAUAAUGGUCGUAUAGGUCGAAGGACACUCUUCACUCAUUUUCAGCAUUGAAUCGGUGUGAUGUUACAAUGGAGGCACAGAACAGCAUCCAGCCAACCCUAGACAAUCACAACAAUUUUUAUAAGAGACUUGACCACAAUAGUCAGAAUAAUGUGCCAAGCUGUGAGUUCUGUUCGACACUGGCAAACUUCCGAAUUGAAAAGAAGAUUGGCCGAGGUCAGUUCAGUGAAGUUUACAAAGCCACACAUAUGCUGGAAGGACAACUCGUUGCACUCAAGAAAGUCCAGAUCUUUGAGAUGAUGGAUGCUAAAGCUCGACAGGACUGCAUCAAAGAGAUAGAUCUGCUGAAGCAACUGAAUCACCCCAACAUCAUCAAGUAUAUAGACUCCUUCAUUGAUGACAAUGAGCUGAAUAUUGUUCUGGAACUGGCAGAUGCUGGGGAUCUCUCGCAGAUGAUAAAGUACUUUAAGAAGAAGAGGCGGCUCAUUCCAGAGCGGACAAUAUGGAAGUAUUUUGUCCAGCUGUGCAGUGCCCUGGAACACAUGCAUUCACGCAGAGUAAUGCACCGUGAUAUUAAGCCAGCAAACGUGUUCAUAACAGCCACUGGGGAGGUAAAGCUGGGUGACCUGGGACUCGGACGCUUCUUCAGCUCAAAAACAACUGCAGCACACUCCUUAGUGGGGACACCGUACUACAUGUCCCCAGAGAGGAUCCAUGAGAAUGGAUACAACUUUAAGUCUGAUAUCUGGUCCCUGGGAUGUCUGCUGUAUGAGAUGGCAGCACUGCAGAGUCCAUUUUAUGGAGACAAGAUGAACCUCCUGUCUCUCUGCCAGAAGAUUGAGCAGUGUGACUACCCUCCCCUUCCACCGGACCAUUACUCUGAGAAGCUCCGGGACCUGGUUAGCAUGUGUAUCAAUCCGGACCCGGCCCAGCGGCCGGACAUCGUGUUUGUGCUGCAGAUUGCCCAGCAGAUGCACAUGUGGACUUCCAGCACCUGAGAAGCAGUUCUUCAGCCCGCGUGAGGACAGCCGUCACUCUGCCGUCGCUCUGCCAGCUCUUUGCAGAAAUGUGCUUUUGGCUUUUCCUCAUCUCAACUUUUUGUUCAGCAGAGGUGAGGAGGAAACUUUGCAUAAGUUGACUGAUGUCAGAGCUACAUCUGAUCUUUCCUGGAGGACGUCAUCAGCAGUGCAGAGCAAACGUUUAAACCGUGGUUGUUGGUGUGAGACAUGAUUCGCGGUCUUUAUCUUUCGAGUGUCUCAGAUGACGUCACAGUGGUUGCAUUCCAGGUUCAGACCCUGUGCCCAUUAAUCAGUGUUUACUGUCGGAUUGCAUCCAUCUCACUAAUUUGCUACAAAGAGAAGUUAUUCAACAUUUACGACUUCUGAGAAAAGAUAUUCCCAUGCCGCGAGCUGAGGUUCACUAACUCCACCUGCGGUUCCCUCCAGCUGAGUGAGAUUUAUUUCUGUCUGAAGAUUUAAAUGUUUAGAAGCUGUUUUUUUUUUUUUCUCAGCUAAAGCUUAGAACUCGUGUUUAAGUCUUUUUUGUGUGUGUGUUUGUUAUUGCAACAUAAAGGUUAUAUCCACACAAACAGUGUGUUCGAGGGCGGUGUUUGUAUUUGAACCGUUAGCCGUGUGAUGCUAGCAGCUGUGUGAGUGAAGUGGGUUCACCCUGAAAUACAAACAGACAUAACGUCUCCAGGGAUACGUAUUUACACUCCACGUAACGGCAGUUCAACAUUUGAUUGUUUUUUUGGGCUGUAAAAAACACAGUUAAUGUUUGUUCUUUUAAACUCUUGACAGCAAUGACAGAAAGUUAAAGAAACUCUGCUCGACCAGGGAGUGUUAAAAACAUUCUCAGCUUCUGUUCUCCUGCUUCUUGGCUUUUUUUUUUUUUUUUUUUAACGAGGGCUGCGUCCUCACAUUGUGCGUUCUGGUUUUCUUUUCGCUCUGAAGUAUUUGAUAUUUUUGUAAACAGCAUAAGAUGUUCUUAUUUUGUAUGUUAUUUACUAGAAUUAAGAAGGAAUGAAAACACUUUGUCAUGGACAAAAUUUGCUGAGUCACUGAAAUUCAGUUUCAUCAAACAUUUCACAGUGAAGUUGUGGAUUUGGACGCCAAUUUAGACAAAGUCAAAAAUAUUUGACCUUAACAUGAUUUGAUGAGGGUCUUAUUUUGUGAUACUGACAGUGUAACAGAUCACUUCAGUCUGACAGCACUGACACAAAAUCCCACUUUAGGAACCGUCUGGAGACAUGAACUCGAGCUAAAGGGUCCCUUACAAAGGACAGCGUCCUUUGAGAGUCUGUUGACCAUCCAAAAAAAAUUGCACCCAAAAAACAUCUUUCUGUGUUAGCGCUCCAACAUCUCUUGUGCAUUAAUCCAGUGUUGUAGAGUAAAUUUCUUGCUGACCUCUGCCUCCCCUGAGCGUCCAUUCUGCCUUCUCCGUAGGACCAAGAACAACCAACGAGUACAUACGUACAUAUAUAAAUAAAAUGGCUGAGUGGAUCCUUGUCAUAUGAUUGGUGUGUUGUAUGUCAGGUGAGAUGGAUUAUUCGUCCUAUUUGUGUUGCGUUGCAUUUAGUAUGCAAAUUUGGUUCCAUACAUUUUUUACCAUUACACCCUCCAAACCCCGCCCACGCACAACACUGGUGGUGGUGGUGGCGGCAUUUAGCUAAACAUGGCGGAGUUUGUUUUGCUAACGGACGACGAACAAGCUAAUUAAUUGUGCUAAUUCUUGUAACAUGCACACACACACAAAAAAAAUCAGCUACUCCAAAAGCUUUCUGGAAACAUGAAGAACUGUUAGUAUGAAAACCUGGACAAUUUUCUGACAUGAUUUUUC